CAACGUCACGCAACUAUUGAUGAGCAUCAGCAUGCAAGUAUCUCUCCUGGUGAAAGAUCAAUCCCAAUCUGUAAAACAGAAAUGGAUAAAUCCAAAGAGAAAAAGCUCAACCGUGGAGAAACUUCUAGCAAGCAAAACAGCUUGCCCACUGCAGAUAUCCCUACAAGUGGAAGAAUGCAGCUAGCAGUUCAAGAUGAUUCUAGAAGCAAAAAAAUGACUCAAACUGGGGAGCCAGUGAAGGCCACAGAAAAUAGCUCAAGAGAUGAGGAUGGAGUCAGCCAAAAUGAUGAGCCAGAUUUGCAUUUGUCUAAUGAGGAUCCUCCUCCAGCUGCCAUAGGCAAUGUUUGUACUUCCAACACAAGUAUAUCUGACAAUAAAGGAAGAAAAGGUAUGAAGGCUGAAUCUAGUGAUGCUCAAGACAGCCAUCAAGUGUAGCUAAUUCUACAAUGAAGGCUAUCAACAAGUGCAGAAGAAGAUUCAAGCAGAUAUUUCCAGAUUGGUUUAAAGAUCAACCAGAGAUGUAUAGGAAAUAAGAUUUUUUAUAUGAUUUUACAUUUUAAAUAUAUUUUCAAUUUAUAUAGCAAUUUAGUAGCUAAGUAUAUACAAAAAAUUUAAUAAAUUGGUGGGA